AUGCGCUUCUCAUCCGCAGUGGCCACGGCGGCCCUCGUGCUCGCUUGCUCGGCGGCUCCUACAUCUGGAAAAUGGAAUCUUCACGAGAAGCGAGAUGGCAAGCCACACGCGUGGCAAAAGCGUCACCGCGCUGAUGCUGAUCAAGUGCUGCCCAUCCGCAUCGCACUGCGGGAACGGAAUCUCGACAAUGCUGAGAGCUACAUCUACGACGUCGCCGACCCAAGUUCUCCUAAUUUUGGCAAACACUGGUCGGCAGAGAAGAUUGCAAACACCUUUGCUCCGCACCCUGAGACCAAAGAAACAGUGAUGAGCUGGCUGGUUGAUUCGGGCAUCGACCGCUCCAGGCUUUCUCUCUCUACCGGCCACAACUGGGUACAGUUCGACGGGACGGUCGAGGAAGCAGAGAAGCUGUUCGCCACGGAGUACUGGCACUACCAACACGACGCGAGCGGCGGGUUCCGCCUGGCCUGCGACCACUACAGCCUGCCGGAGCACAUCCAGGAGCACGUCGACUUCGCGAUGCCGACGAUCCAGCUGGACGGCCUGAAGCCGGUCGCGAACGUGGACCGGACCCUGAUGGCGCCCGUCGCCGGCGGCGCGACGAUCGGCUCCAAGUCCUGCGGCCAGCUGAUCACGAUCGACUGCCUGCGCAAGCUGUACAACUUCCCCGCCGGCAACUCUUCCGCUGCUGACAACCAGAUGGGCAUCGGCGAGUGGGCCGACUACCUGUAUGAGGACGAUCUGCCGACCUUCUUCAAGAACUUCACCUCGCCUGAGAUCCCCGCUGACACCAGGCCUGAGUUCAUCGCUAUCGAUGGUGGCCUGACGGCGAACCUGACUACUGUGUCGCAGGGUUCUGGCGUGGAGUCUGCUCUUGACUUCCAGUCUGCUUACUCGAUUAUAUAUCCGCAGAAAUUGCGCUUGUAUCAGGUGGGAGACGGCAUCAAUGUUGAUAGCGUGGGGACUUUCAACAUCUUCUUGGACGCACUUGAUGCGAGCUAUUGCACUUAUCAAGGCGGUGACCAGCCUUAUAUCGACCCGGCGUAUCCCGAUCCCAACGACAACGAGGGCGGCUACCAGGGCCCUCUACAGUGCGGCGGUGCCCCAAAGUCCAACGUUAUUUCGGUCAGCUACGGGCAAAUCGAGGGUGCUCUGCCUACUUUCUACCAAGUCCGUCAGUGCAACGAAUGGAUGAAGCUCGGUCUCCAAGGCGUGAGCGUGCUCUACGCGAGCGGAGACUCUGGAGUCGCGAAUCGAUAUAAUGCCGGGUACCCAGACUCAUGUCUGAACGCGGACUUGCCAUAUGUGGACAACAAUGGCACUCGCUUUUCGCCUUCUUUCCCGGCCAACUGCCCCUACAUCACCUCUGUUGGAGGUACUACCCUGAACGGUAACACUACCGACACUGGAGAACGUGCUGUCAAUUCAUUUGGCUCUGGCGGCGGCUUCUCAAACGUUUUCUCACUGCCGUCAUACCAAGCCUCAGCCGUCCAGAACUUUAUGAGUAAAUAUGCCCCAUCCUACGGACCCAACGUGUACAACGACACGGGUAAUGCCAGGGGUUUCCCGGACGUGGCGGCCAUCGGGCUGAAGGUCGCUACGGUCUUCAACGGCUCGACCUACGGCGUGGGUGGCACCAGCGCCUCGGCCCCGAUCUUCGCCGGCAUCGUGACGCUGCUCAACGAAGCGCGUAUCGCGGCUGGUAAGGGGCCGGUGGGUUUCUUGAACCCGACGUUUUACAGCAAUCCCGGUGCUUUCAAUGAUAUCACCAUUGGAAACAAUCCUGGUUGCGGGACCAAUGGGUUUAAUGCGACGCCUGGUUGGGAUCCGGUGACUGGGCUGGGGACGCCGAACUUUCAGAAGCUGAAGGAUGUCUUCCUGGCUUUGCCUUGA